CCCCUGCCGCCCCUGCGCCCCCCGGCCCGGGCUGGCGGCGCGGCGGGGGCGGCAGCAUGGUGGAGAAGCGCAGCCCGCUGCAGAGGGACGGCGUGUACCGCUGGUUCGCCGAGCUGCCGUCGCCGCAGCGCGUGGAGUUCCUGUGCGGCCUGCUGGACCUGUGCAUCCCGCUCGAGCUGCGCUUCCUCGGCUCGUGCCUGGAGGACCUGGCGCGCAAGGACUACCACUCGCUGCGCGACUCGGAGAUCAAGGCCAACAACCCGGCCGACCUGGGCAGCCUCACCAACCUGACGGACGAGGUGGUGCGCAGCAAGCUGCUCGUGUCGCUGGCGCUGCUGGGCUCGGAGCAGCGCGAGGCGGCGGGCGUGCUCUACCGCACGCUCACGCACAUCGACUCGAUCAUCCACAACUACGGGCUGCAGCUCAACGAGGGCCGCACGGGCGAUGAGUUCCUGCUGCUCUUCACCAUGGCCUCCAACCACCCCGCCUUCAGCUUCCACCAGAAGCAGGUGCUGCGCCAGGAGCUCACGCAGAUCCAGAGCAGCCUCAGCGGCGGCGGCGGCCCCGGGGGCAAGAGCGCGCCCGGCGGCGGCCUGCCCACCUGCCCGGCCUGCCACAAGAUCACUCCGAGAACGGAGACUCCUGUCAACAGCGUCAGUAAUAGUUUGGAAAAUGCACUGCGUACAUCAGCACAUUCCAUUGAGGAGUCGCUACCCAAGAGGCCUUUAGGAAAACACUGCAAAGUGAGUGUUGAAAAGAUAGACCUGAAGGGAUUAUCACACAAAAAAAAUGAAAGAAAUGUUGAAUGUUCCUUUGAGGUCUUCUGGUCUGAUUCUUCAGUAACGUCAGUAACCAGAUCUUCGUCUGAAGUGACUGAAUUUAUUUCAAAGUUGUCUCAGCUGUACCCUGAGGAAAAUUUGGAGAAAUUCAUUCCUUGCUUAGCUGGCCCAGAUCCCUUCUACGUGGAGCGAAACCACCUGGACCUGGAAGCCGACCUUAGGUAUUUGGCUUCAUUACCUUCACACUUAUUAAAAAAUGACCAUGUUAAGAAAUUUUUCAGCACUUCAUCUCCCACCCAACAGCUUCAAAGUCCAAGUCCUGGCAACCCGUCCCUCUCCAAGGCAGGUUCCAUGAUGGGUGUGUCUGGAAGGCCUGUGUGUGGAGUGGCCGGCAUCCCGUCCUCCCAGGGCAGCACUCAGCACCACCUCCCGCACACCACCGGCACCGCCACCGCCUUGCCCCACUGCUCCCACUCAGGGGGCACGGGCUCGCCGCUAGCCUUCCGGACCCAGAUGGACACCUCGCCCGCCAUACUCAUGUCUUCCGGCCUGCAGGCCCCUCAGACCCAGGAACAAAAUGGGAUUUUAGAUUGGCUCAGGAAAUUGCGUUUGCACAAGUAUUAUCCCGUCUUCAAACAGCUCACAAUGGAGAAGUUUUUGAGCCUUACGGAAGAAGAUCUAAAUAAAUUUGAAUCCCUCACAAUGGGAGCAAAGAAAAAACUCAAGACUCAACUGGAGCUGGAAAAGGAGAAGUCCGAGAAGCGGUGCCUGAACCCCCCGGCCCCGUCCGCAGUCACCGGCACUGGGGUGGCUCGAGUGCCCCCCACCAGCCAUGUGGGGCCCCUGCAGGCCGUGCGGGGCAGCCACACUGCAGAGCUGCGGGUGGAAGUGGAGCAGCCGGCUCAGCAGAUGCCCCGGGAAGGCAGCUCCUCGGCGUCCUCGAGCUCUUCCUCCAGCCCGAUGGGGGUGCAGGCCCGAGAAGAGAGCUCCGACAGCGCCGAGGAGAGCGACAGACGUGUGGAGACGCAGGUGCGCGCUGCCGCCGAUAAGGAGAAGCCCGUGGUGUUACUGACCCACUUUCCCUCAAGCUCCAUGCGGCCCACGGCCCAGGUGCUGCCCGUGCAGAACGAGGCGGGCUCCGCGCUGCCCGGGCACCACCCCCCACCCCCCCAGGCAGCCGCGUCCCAUGUGGCACCCAUUCGGAUGCUGAGCUCGGCACACAAGUCGGACAGGGGAAGUGCAGACGUGAAGCUUCUCUCGUCGUCUAUGCACUCGCUUUUGUCUCUGGAAGAGAGGAGUAAGGUUUCUGGACCAAGAAGCAGCAUAAAAGUGGACAAGAGCUUCGGGAGCCCCAGGGCGGAUGUGCUGCCGACUCCCGCCGCCCACCAGCCCUUGCAGGUCCUCGCUGGAGUCCCCGAGAGCAGCGCCGUGGCGCCCACCGUUUCCUUCGGUCCGCGGGCCAAGGUCGUCCACGCGGCCACGCUGGACAGGGUGAUGAAAGCCAGCCAGCAGCCCGCGCUGGCUGGGGAGGGCAGCACGGCGGCCGCCGGCGCGGCGAGCACCGUCUUCCAUGUGGCUCGCCCGCCCAUCAAACUGCUCGUCUCGUCCUCGGUUCCUGCUGAUGCUGCCAUUUCCGGGCAAACCUCCUGUUCUAACAACGUGCAGAUCAGCGUGCCCCCCGCAAUAAUCAGUCCCCGGACUGCUCUGUACACAGCCAACACCAAAGUUGCCUUCUCUGCGGUGGGCAGUGUGCCCGUGGGCCCUGUGCAGGGCAGCUUCUGCGCCAGCAGCAGCUCUGUCUCCUCCAGCAGCCACCCGUCCACGUCGCUGGCCAGCGGGACCAGCUGCCCGGCCCCCAGUUCCAGCCCCACGCUCCCCUCUGUCCCUGAGAACACUUUCUACAGCGGCAGUGGCAGCAGCUCCACAGGAAACGUUCCUGCUUCCAGCCAGAACCACCACCACCACCACCACCACCAUCAGCAGCCCCCAGCGCCCCAGCAGCCGGCCGCACCGCCGCCCGGCUGCAUCGUCUGCACCUCCUGCGGCUGCAGCGGGAGCUGCGGCUCCAGCGGCCUGACCGUCAGCUACGCCAGCUACUUCCAGCACCCGUUCUCAGGGCCGUCGGUCUUCACCUUCCCCUUCCUGCCCUUCAGCCCCAUGUGCAGCAGCGGCUAUGGCGGCCCCCAGCAGUAUGGUGGCACCGCCUUCCCGCUCGUCCACGCCCCCUACGGCAGCAGCCUGACCGCGGACUCGGUGCUGGGCGGCCAGUCCACGUUUGCCAUCCCGCCCAUGCAGAGCUUCAUGGCGGGUGCCGCGGGGGUGUACCAGGCCCAGGGCCUUGUGGGGAGCAGCAGUGGCUCGGGCCACAAGAAGAGCGGGAACCUCUCCUGCUACAACUGUGGGGCUGCCGGCCACCGCGCUCAGGACUGCAAGCAGCCGUCCAUGGACUUCAACCGCCAAGGUACUUUUAGGUUGAAAUAUGCCCCUCCAGCUGAAAGUCUGGACUCCACAGAUUGAUAUUUUUCUCUGGCAACAGAACAUUAUUAAGCCAUGGAGAAGAGACCUAAGGAAAAUUAAACACAAAACUGAGAAGUGUACUUACUGUUGAGCUUAAUAUUUUUAAUCCAAAGGUGCUUUACUUUACUAGACUGGAUAGAAAAUCUAGCUUAGGAUGCAUCCAACUCAGUUUUAUUGCCAAAACCCUGGUUUGGAGCUUGAUGUCAGGACAUGCCUCGUGGCUGCCCCGUGCCUGGUGGGUUUGCCAGCCUCUGGCCUCGGCCCCUGAGCAGCGUUGCCACGUCGGCCCCUCUGGCAGCCAGGACCCCAGAGCAGCACGUGUGAUCGGAGUCGAGAGCCAAAGGUUGACGUUUUCCAAGUGGAGCCCCCAGUCGGACUCUUGACACCCCAGGUGAGGUAAAAGUCUCCUUUUCUUUUUUCCCUAAAGUGAUGAGGCACUAAAUCUCUGGGAUUUUUAAGGAUUGCACUACAGAAGAAUGUAAAAUGACGUAAAUCUCUGCAGUACUGGGGGACAAAACUCCUUUGUGACCCGGUCAGUGCCAGAGACUCCCGUGUCCGCAAGUCAGGAGCGGGCGCCAGCAGGCCCGUGGCUCGGCUCGUCACCCACAGAGAAGUCGGUUUUGGGAUCUCCUUCCCUCCUUGACACACUUGUAGCAGCUUCAGGUUUUUAGUUGUUUUUUUGAGAAUAAAUUUAAACUCUCACGCAGAAAUAGUUGACUCUCAACAGCUUCAUUUCUAAGGGUCCAAGUCCCAGAGAAUCCACACGGCCGGCUGAGAUGCCCCUCCGUCCUCCAGCACAGACUCUCCCGAGAGCCCAGACCGCGCGACGGGGGCUUGGCACUGAUGGAUGCCACACACAGUUGGCAGACUUUGCAAGUUGCAAGUUGUUUUUGUAACAUGGACUCGUACCCCCCAGGCUCACUGUUAAAGGAUUCAAACUUGAGACAGACAUUUCAGUAAUAAUCCUAUAAUUGAUAAGCAAAAAUUCAAAAAAUUUUCCUCUGAACUUCUCUUGUACUAGACUGUGUAUUACUAGCUAGUUCCGUUAAAAUUGCCUGGAAAACUCCAGUAGAAAGUGGUAAGACUUUGAAAGAGACCACACAAACAAAAUAGAUCUCACGUAUUUGUAGAAGUCUAGUUUCAUUAAAGUAGGAAAUAAAAGUCCUCUCAAGUGGUCUCUAAAUUUCAACCCAUUGUAACGAAAGCUUUUUGGUCUGAAAUUUAGGGACUUAAAUCUUAUAAGGUUAAAGGGAAUUUUCUGCUAAAGUGCUAAAGCCUUCAAUAUUAAAAUAUGGAUCGGUAAGUUUUUGCCAGGGAUUUUCCAGUUGAAUAAGUAAAAAACAAAUCACAAUCCUCAGACCGCUCUUAAAAUGGGACAAUCAGCCUCAUGCAAAAUUAAUGUGAAUCAAAAGAAUACGCCCUAGAAUUUCAAGCAUUGUGACGUGAGGCUUCAAAUUUUGAGAUCAGUUUCCUGGCUUCAUGGAAACUAAAGCAGUAAGUUAUUACAUUUUUUUAUGAAAGGCUUUUAGUAGAGUUCUUUAGAGUUUUAUUUUACUAGAGUUUUAUUUCUAUGCAAUCCAGAAUCAACAGGCUUCUGUGUUCUGGUCCCUGUUCACGGCGCACAGUAUUACGUACAGUUUUGCAGUAAUGGUGAUGCUACAGCAGCUGUUUGGGGGAAUGUUAACGUUGCUUUCCUUAAAAAUUGUAACAACUACAAAAUGUCUACAUGAGAGCUGACCCAGCUUUGCCUUACGGAGCACUAGACUGGCCCUUGGCGUGCCCGGUCAGAGAGGACAGGGGUGUUCAAUGCUGUUUACGGUUUUAAUAUUCCCAAAGGCCACUAUGGUGGCCUGGAAAUGUGCUGAAAGCCAAACUUUUAAAAAUUUUUUGGUUUUUUAAAACAAAGAAAUGUUUUAAAUAAAUCCUAUUUCAACACAGUGACAUUGUAGGAAACUGUCUCAUCAUCCACAAAAAAAGCAUAUUGUUUUUUUGUUUCAGUGGUCAGUGUUGGGGAGUGAAAGUGUCUCUUGUUCCCCUUUAAAUGCUUUGGUAGAUGUUAGAUGUUAACCUUAAAUACAACAAGAAUCUUAAAGUGUUGUGCAUUGGGGUGACCGGUUUCGGACAGUGCUGUGGGGGCAGCCCCCCGAGGGGAGCCGUCCUGAGUGCCCACACCCCCCCACACACCGAGGCAUCUGCCAGCAGUAUUGUCUGAGGAGUUUCUCUCUAAAAACAACCGAAGUCGAUGAGCCACAGAGCGUCCUGCGUUUCAGCAGAGGCGUCUGUCGGCCAGCUGAACACACAGGCGUCACCGGCCCUGCUGGGUCCGCGGUGUCUCCUGACACCGGGUCCCUGCCUGCUGCCUGUCUCACUGUCAUCUGUCUCCAGGAACGGGGGAAGUAGAAUGUACAGCCAGUAGAAUAAAUUGUUGGGGUAAGACAAAUAUUUAAUCUUUUAUUUUUAAGGAAAACACUCAAUUUUCUACCUUACUUUCUAAUGACUAGUAAUACAGAAAAUUGGGACAUUUCAACAUUCAGAAACUCCUGGUUGCUGAAGAGCACUGAGGAAAUGGGGAUUAGCACUUACAGUAAAAAUAACAAAGACAAAAACUUGUCUCGGAAGCUUAGAUGUGAUUGGUAUUUAAAAAGCCAGCAUUGUCUAUCAUUUCCAAAGGAUCAAGCAGUCAGCUUAUUGAUGUGGUAGUUCACAGGCUCAGUCUCUCAGUCCCCUGCCUGGAGUUCUAGGUCAGCUUGCACUGCAAACCCAGUCCUGUUGCCCAGCUGCGGCGCUGCCGCCCCUUCCUGGCAUCCUGUGGGGCCUGGGAGCUGGGGGUACCCUCCUCACUCCGUCACCGCCUCGUCCCUCACUUUAGGCCUUGCUAGUUAACAGGCUGACAGCUGGCGGCAUGGCACGUCGGGGUGCCUUCGGGGUUUAAGGAAGCCGUCUCCUCCCCUCACCCACAACCCCAGGAAGCGGUCCUGCGGGACCAGCACGGGGGUAGGCCUUCAUCUCCACAGCACCCAGAGUCACAAGUCCCACGGGUCUGAGGAAAGUGAGCUUCUUUAAGUAACACUUGCAAUAUUCUAGAAAACUACAUACUGUGCUGGUUGAGGCCGAAGGUCAGCGUUCCCGUUACACUGUUGACCGAGGGGGAGCAAAGGUCACCUGUCCCCAGCCACAACUUCACGUGCUGUGGUCAGCCCUCGCCACGUGUUUCUUAAAAGAACGUGUAAGUUCUUACACGCACAAAAAGGAUAAGGCUUUGGUACUGAAACCGGAAACAAACCUUGUGUACUUAAGAAUCUUCACAGCUUCUAUUGGACAUAUUUUCUUUUUAGGAAUGAAGGAAAAUUCUCCCAUUUUUGAGCCAUUCUUUUAUGUCAAUUCUACAAAACUGCAUGUACCUUUAUAAAUAUUUUUAAAAGAUAUAGUUUUGUAAAUAUUUAAUAUUCUGCUAAUUUGAUUUUGAAUUGUAAAUGUCAAGUAUUCUGUUUUUGGGGUUUUUAUGUUUUAUUAUACUUUGUUAAAAAGGAAAAAAAUUGUACAUUUUUAGAAUGUUUUUAUGGGUAAAUUUAAUGUACUGAAAAUAAAAAUUUAAA